AUUUUUUUUUUCAACAAGGGAUGCAUUUACUUAGGUAAUUUUGACAAGAGAAGACUAACUGUCCGCAGAAUCUAAUUGAUUUAAAACAAAAGAGAAUUUUGUUGAAAAAUUCUUUUUUGGGGUAAAAAGAAUCGCGUGGAUUCGAGUGAGAUAAGUUAGUUGAGUCGUUUGUUAUUCUUUGCUGGUGAGUUUUCAAGGCGAGGAUUCCGUUAAAUGGCUGGUGUAAGUGAAUGUUUUUCCAUCGGAAGCACAGUUUCGUGCACCACUUGUUUUAAGCAGAGCGUCGAGGGUGAAGUUUUGGCAUUCGAUCAAAUGACCAAAAUGCUAAUUUUGAAAUGCACAAAAAGCGGCAAACAAUUAAAUGAUGUGUUCAUAGUAAACUUGGGUCUGUGCAGCGAUGUACAAGUAAAAAAUGAGACUAAUUCUGCACCACAGGCACCACCAUCGCUGAAUUUGCAAAGAUUGAACACACGCGUUCGGAAUUCGGUUGAGGACAAGAAACGAUGGGUUGCUGCAAUGUCGGCUGGUGUCAGUCCUGAGGGUCAAAAACUCUUUUUGGCCAUCUCGAAAACGAUCAAUGAAGUCGCGUGGAUGGGACCGAAUAUUGUAGUAUUCAACGAUGUCACAAUUCGACCACCAUACAGAUUAGAGAAUGUAUCCGGUCACCAAGGGUCAAAGCAGUUGAGCUAUGUCCGAAAAAUCGUCGAACGUUCAACACGAGUGGACCGACCGGUAAAUUCACAUCAUUCGAUGGCAUUGAUGCAAUCGCAACCACCGUUGCCACAGCGGAGAAAUUCGAACGGCAAUGGGCCAGCCACCAAUUCAUCGCUCACACCAUCCACGAAGAUUACAGAGAGAAACACGAACUCAAAUAUAAAAGCAAAUUAAUUUAUUCAACGAAUAAAACGAUUAAGAAAAAACAAAAACAAAAAAACACACACAAAUACACAUUACACGCAUUAUACGCAUACAUACAACAUGGAUAACGAAACCAUUUCGAUGAUCUAUCGGUUUUUUAUGUGAUAGUUGAACACUUUUGUUGGCAAAUUGUUACUCGAUAGAAAGAGCCCCGGCUAUUUAAAUUAUCAUACCUUUUCUGAGUUUAAUUUAGUUCUUCUUUUUUUUCUUUGUUUGAACCACGAUUCCUGUUCAAAAUUACAACAAACCAAAAACAAAACAAAAAUCAUUUUCAAACGAAAUCGAAUAAAAAAAAAUCGUAGCAUUCUUUUGUGUUCGAAUUUAAAAAAAAGAGACUGCAUUGUUAUUGAUUGUCAUCCCUUACAGUGCGAAAGAUAAUAGAAUAAAUGCUCAAUGACUGAGAUAUAAUGA